ACAGCAACACUACUCAUUACAUAUCUUCAACAUGCCUGUGGACUGUUUAAAAUUGCUAGUUAUCGUAUGGAGCAUUCAAUAAACAUUAAUAUUCUACAAAAUAUUACGUUAAAAAAUAAAAUUUUUAUUGCCGAGAACAUAAUUUGUGCAAUUCAUAUUCAUCGUCAAGCUAUAAAGUUAUGCAAGCAGUUAGUGUCCACACUCGAGAAGUUCAUAUUUUGUUUCACGUUGUGUGUAGUAGUUUGUUUUACUCUCAAUUUGUUUCAACUUUUUCAGAUAGCAUCAUCUGAAAAUAAUUUCACCAAAUUUUUUAUGCCUCUUAUGUACAUGUUUAUAAGCCUGCUAUACAUGUUUCUAACUAAUUAUAUCGGACAGAAUAUAAUCGACUACAAUAAUCACGUGUACAUUACUGCGUACAACAUAAAAUGGUAUAAAACUCCUUUAAAUAUACAAAAAAUAAUAUUAUUUUUGUUGCAAAGAGAAACUAAGGAAUUUACUUUAAGUGUCGGUGGAAUAUUUGAUGCAUCCAUGGAGUGUUUUGCCACGCUAAUGAAGGCCUCGAUAUCUUAUUUUACUGUCAUAUAUUCUACGAAGUGACGAAAAAAAAUUGUCGAACGAAUUUAUUAUUGUCAUAGUAAAGAUAUAGUUAAUGAAGUAACGAUAAUUACAUAGUCACACGAGCUUAAAAAAUAAAUUUAUGAAUGUAGAGAGAUAUUUCCCUUUUAUAGAAGAAGAUUAAAAUUAUUUAAAUUACUAUAAUAUUUAAAUAUUACUUAUAAUUAAUUAA